AUGUCUUACCAGGUGUCUGGCUGGGUUGUGUCGGCAUGCUUGGGUGAGUGUGUCAGUGGGCCGAAUUUUGGGCUUGGACUCUCAUUGUAUGAUGGAUGUGUACAUGGUUUAUUGCAGACUUUUUGGCAGGAGUGUGGAGCUCAGCCAGCUUUUGCAACGUGCAGUGUUCAGAUGCAGCAGCACAUUGGGGAUGGAGCGGUGAGCUGCAAGAGUUUGCAAGGGGAGGCUGCCCGAGGUUCUGUCACUCAUCUAAAGAGGUCCUGGUUGCGCCUGGAUGCUGCACCUACAGGCCCAAAACGAGGCUUGGAAAUUUUGACGCUGGCGUGGCCUUCAAGUCGCCAUUGA